AUGCUUUAUGGGUUGAACGAAGAAAAGCCAUAUUGUUGGGUCCUGAAGAGCUUGGAGUUUGGCGGGUUUCAGGAUCCCGGGUCGACCCUGUUCGUGAAGGUGGAGUCGAACGGGUCUUCGGGUCCUGAAGGGAAGGAGAGCGGAUCGGGGAAUUCUUCUGGGAAGAGCCCUGACAAGGUUGUGAAGGAAUCCUUGAAGAGAGCUCUGCAAAGCUCCUUACUUGUCUCCGGUGCUCCAGUGAGUUUUAGCUUCCGCGAUUUGCAGGGCAAGACAACUAACUUUGCACACUUGCUUGGAACAGAGUUAUAG